ACUUCCGUAUAUCCUACGUCGUCAAAGCCGCGCCAGACCACGACUGUCAAACAUGGCGGAAGAUGAUGGAGCCGCGAGUCAGCGACUGAAUAGCGGUGCUGGUGUCAUAGACGGUGAGUCUGAAGAUAAGGCAAACAUUUCACGUUUUAAGGCUGAAGGUCGGGAGCUCUCCAAAGAGGAAAAACAACGCUUGAGAAAAGAAAAGAAGCAACAUAAGAAAUCAAAGAAGGAUGACCAGGGUAAAACAGAAGAGAUCAAGGGAAAAGAGAAGAAGUCAACGAUGACAUCAGAUAGACAGCAGGCCCAGACAAAUUUGCCAAAAGCUGUUCCAGCUCUAAACUCCUUCGAGACGCCUGUGACCGGAGAUAAAGCACCAUCAGGAAAAAGCAAAGCAGAGAUUCGAGCAGAAAGGAGGGCACGGCAGGAAGCCGACAGAGCAUCCAAACAGGUCCAGAAAGGAGAGUCUUCUGUAACGGCAGCUGUGUCUGGGCCUUCCAAGACCAAGGCCAUUCCUAGUGAACCACAGCCAGUUGUGAAGCGACUACCAGAGCACAUUCAAGUCGAUGAUCCUGCAGUCCUGAAGAAACUUGCCAAGAAGCUUGAGCGACAACAGAUUCCUCUGAGGAAAGAUUAUGGAAACAAAGUCAGCCUCUUCUCACAUCUGCAUCAGUACAGCAGGAAGGCUCCUCUGACGCAGCAGAUGAGCAUUCCAUCAACUGUCAUCCACCCUUCAAUUGUACGUCUGGGGCUUCAGUACUCGCAGGGAAUCAUCGCUGGCUCCAACUCGCGCUGCAUUGCCCUGCUUCAUGCCUUCAAACAGGUUAUUCGAGACUACUCUACACCUCAGAAUGAAGAAAUGUCAAGAGAUUUGGUUAACAAACUCAAACCAUAUAUAAGCUUUCUGAAUCAGUGUCGCCCUCUUUCUGCCAGCAUGGGAAAUGCCAUCAAGUUUAUCAAGAAAGAAAUCUCAAACAUACCUAGUAACAGUAGAGAAGAAGAGGCAAAAGUGCAAUUACACGAAUCCAUUGACAAGUACAUUGAAGUAAAGAUUCAUCUUGCUGCGAAGGCCAUUUCAAAAUACGCCAUUGAGAAGAUUAGUGAUGGAGAUGUAAUCCUUGUUUACGGAUGCUCUUCCUUGGUGAACUACAUUCUCUGCGACGCCUAUGAAAAGAAGAGGAAGUUCCGAGUCAUCGUCGUAGACAGUCGGCCGAGGCUGGAGGGCCGGGAGUCCCUACGGAGGCUUGUGCGGAAAGGGAUUCACUGCACCUACGUCCUCAUCACUGCCAUAUCCUACAUUCUGCCAGAGGUGUCAAAGGUUUUCCUCGGAGCCCACGCCUUGCUGGCCAAUGGCUAUGUGAUGUCUCGAGUUGGCACGUCACAGAUUGCUCUCCUUGCUAAAGCGUUUAAUGUCCCGGUGUUGGUUUGCUGCGAGACGUACAAAUUCUGUGAGAGGGUGCAGACCGACUCCUUCGUAUCCAACGAACUUGAUGAUCCCGAUGAUCUCAUCGUAACCAAGAGAGGAGAGACGCCGCUUGAGAACUGGCUGGAGGUCUCCCACCUUCACCUUCUGAACCUGGUCUAUGAUGUGACGCCUCCAGAUUUUGUGGAUUUAGUUAUCACAGACUUGGGAAUGAUUCCCUGCACGUCGGUCCCCGUUGUUCUACGAGUGAAGAAUGUGGAUCAGUAGGAAAGGCGUGGAAGAGGAGCGUUUGGCAGGAUUUAUCUGUAAGAUACGUUCUUGGGCAUGAAAAAUAAAUAUUUCAUCUGAGUGGUU